AUCAGCAAUUCACCAACCCUUCCUGCCAUUUUACCAACGCAAUUCUUCCACAGCCGACAAUCUUCGCGAUGUCUAACUACGAAAGCCACAUCCUACCUGCUCUCCAGCAGCUCUCGUCGCCCGCGUCCGAGCCCAUCAGCGUCGCCUACGUCGUCGCGAAUUCGGUGGGUAAGAGUACCGUGCUCGUCCCCGAUCUUUGGAAGCAUGUCAAGGCCACCCGACCAGACGCCCAAGGUCUAUAUAUCCUAUCCAACCAGGAAGAGGCCGAGCUAGUGGUGGAUGAUAUCGCCGAACGUGAGGCUGCUGAGGUGAUCAACGAGGUGCCUGACGCGGACAGCCGGCACAAGCUAGGGCUGGUCUCUUUCGACCAUUUCAACGAGCUGAUGACGGGCUCGGAGGAGGCGUCGCCCGUGCUUCGCCACCAAGACGCGAUCCUGUUUGCAGACGUCGACCAUAUCCCGACCGUGAGCGGGGAGAUAAGCAUAGGCAUCCUCGUAAAUUGGAUCCAGCGCUUGAGAUCCUUAGAAGACGUCAAGGUCACCAUCGUCCUUCUCGCCUGCAACGACAGGGAGGACGUGGAUAAUGUAUUCUAUAGUUACGACAUCCGCGCUACCUGUCUCCGCUGGGAAGAGGAUGCGCAAUACGACGAACAAGAGAUUGAAUCAUACGAGGAGAUUGUAGAUAUCCUCUUGCCGAUAUUGAACGAACCUACGCACGGCGGCGCGGCACCUUAUGUUGCGAUCUUCGCCCCCUUGGUAGAAAUGACUAGCAGAAUCAUGGAGCCGCUCCACAAAUUCAGCAACGAAGGCAUAAGAUACGUGAGCAUCGACAAGGAGAUCCCGAAGCUUCGCAUACGGGAAAUUACGGGCGUCGAUAAGCCUACCGUCCUCUUUAAUCUCAGAUGCGCAAUUUCCCUCCCGCAUAAAUGCGAGAGGGUCUUUGAUGCUUCUACCAUCAGCAAGAGCGCGAAGAAGGGCGGACAUCGUCCCACCCUCUAUACCAUGUGGGAUUCCGAGUGGUUUCAGGCCAACAAGUCUAAAGACAACGUCGUCGCGAGCGCGACGUUUGGCAGCCUCGCUUAUCCCUCGGUGCCCGUUCCGGCGCUCGGAGGGAGUUCGUCCCUUAUCGCGGAGAUGCGCCGUCGACUUGUUAUCAUGGGAUGCAUAGACAAGGCCGCUCCUAUAUCCCGAAUCACCGCCUUUGGUGCUAGGGUGCUGCACUACGUCCGCAACAAGGAAUUCAACAGGUUCCGUAACAUUCACGUCGCCCAUCUCCUCGCUCAGAUCGAGACGGGCCGGGAGCUCUCGCUCCGUUCGAAGCGAGUACUCAUCCGCAUGGCGGCUCUGACGACCUACAGGCCGUGGUACACCUUGACAGACGAAGCUACGGAGAAGAAGCUGGGCGAAGACUGCGUCGGCGUCGGCAAGCAGAAUGCGCACUACGGCCAGCUGUGGUGCGAGCUGGGCAUCUGGUCCAAGCUGAGCGCGGAGCGCAGCAUCCAGCACGCCCUUGUCGACGGCGCACCUUUCAUCGAAAGAGCAGCAGGGCUCAUGCGAGUCAUGGUGGACAGCUGCCAACUUAUGGACGAGUAUGUCACCGCGCUAGAAGACCACCUCGGGUUGGACCGGUGCGACAAUUUAAUCGCCGAGACGAAGCUCGAGCCGCGGGAACAACGCCAGAUGGUCUCAUUCGUGUACGAGCAGGGAUUACCGCCGCGAGACUUGGCUUUGAUGCGGCUCGUACACUUGGGUGUGCUGCCGUCCGGCCGACCUGAGGACGGCGGAUUCUUUGCCAUCUACCAAGAUAGCGCCGCCCACGAAGGCAUACUCGAACCCCUCUACCUCACCAUGCUCCCAAAAGAGGUAUCAGCAUGGAUGGUAGAACGUCUCGGCGCGCAAUACCUCUUGUCGCUCGUUUCGACGACUUACCCCGUCCCUACUAGCUAG